GGCCCCGCACCCCCGACCGAGGUCCAGGUCAAGACGCCGCGGGUGAACUGCCCCGAGAAGGUGAUCAUCUGCCUGGACCUGGCGGAGGAGAUGGCUCUGCCCAAACUGGAGUCCUUUAACGGGUCCAAGACCAACGCGCUGAACAUCUCCCAGAAGAUGAUCGAGAUGUUCGUGAGGACGAAGCACAAGAUCGACAAGUGCCACGAGUUUGCGCUGGUGGUGGUCAACAACGACGCCACGUGGUUCUCAGGGUCCCCCCCGGACCCCCGCGAGGUCUGCAGCUGCCUCUACGACCUGGAGACCGUCGUCUGCAAGUCGUUCAGUAUCCCACCGCCUGUGGGGCUGGGACAGGGGAAGAUCGAGCUGCCGGUGACGGAGAACGUGCAGACCAUCCCGCCGCCCUACGUGGUCCGGACCAUCCUGGUGUUCGGCCGCCCGGGCUGCCAGCCCCAGUUCUCCAUGUCGGAGCACAUGAAGAAGAUGCUGCAGUGCCCCUACUUCUUCUUCGACGUGGUUUACAUCCACAACGGGGUGGAGGAGAAGGACGACGAGACGAGCUGGAAGGAGAUGUACGCCUUCUUCAGCAGCCUGGACACCAAAGGCACCAACUACAAGUACGAGGUGUCGCUGACGGGGCCGGCCGUGGAGCUGCACAACUGCAUGGCCAAGCUGCUGGCUCACCCGCUGCAGCGGCCCUUCCAGACCCACGCGGCGUACAGCCUGCUGGAGGAGGACGAGCGCCCCGAGAUCGAGGCCACCGAUGGGAAACGAGCCAUCGACCUGGUGCUGGAGCAGGGCAACCAUGCGCACGUGCAGAUCCUGCGGGACUCGCAGCGCGCCCGGGGCUGGCCCCCCGUGGAGGACCUGGGGGGGCCCAGGCGCUCCCUCUCCUUCCUGACCGAGGACGGCACCGAAGGCAGCAUCUCCUCCAGGCUCUCUGAGGACAGCUCUGAGGCCGGGCCCCUGAGCAGCACCCGCAGGUCCCUGCUGGAGGAGCUGGAGCUGGGGGGCGGACCCCGCGGGCUCAUGGGCGGGGGAUGA